CAAAUCUUGUGGCGCUAGAAUGGCAACCUUAAAAUUACAAGCAAUGUUCUUGUUUUUAGCUUUGCUAAUGUUGAAAAACGUUGCUCUUCAAGCCCAUGCUCGAACAUUCUUUGUGUUCGGCGACUCAUUGGUUGAUAAUGGGAACAACAACUACUUGGCUACAACAGCUCGUGCAGACAAUAGGCCUUACGGGAUCGAUUAUCCCACUCGACGCCCCACUGGCCGUUUCUCCAACGGACUGAACAUCCCUGACCUUAUCAGUGAAGCCAUAGGUGCAGAAUCAACAUUGCCAUACUUGAGUCCUAUGCUCACAGGUCAAAAGUUACUUGUUGGAGCAAAUUUUGCUUCUGCUGGAGUUGGAGUACUCAACGAUACCGGAGCCCAGUUUGCAAACAUCAUAAGGAUGCCAAUGCAAAUGGCAAACUUGGAACAAUACAAGCGAAGGGUGAGUGAUAUAAUUGGUCCUCAAGAGACUGAAAAGCUUAUAAGCCAAUCUUUAACACUCGUGACUUUGGGAGGCAAUGACUUUGUGAACAACUACUAUUUGGUCCCUUUUUCUGCAAGAUCUCGGCAGUUUGCACUUCCCAAUUAUGUCGUAUAUGUCAUCUCCGAGUACCGGAAAAUUCUAAUGAGGCUUUACGAAUUGGGAUUACGUAGGGUUUUGGUGACGGGCACGGGCCCAAUAGGUUGUGUGCCAGCGGAACUAGCCCAACACAGCAGGAAUGGAGAAUGUUCGGCUGAGUUGCAAAGAGCAGCAGGAUUGUUUAACCCGCAACUCCAAGAAAUGCUAGACGAUCUCAACCGAGAGGUCAGGAGUACUACGUUUAUUGGUGUCAAUAUUCGUCAAUCCAGCAUCGAUUUCAUCUCUGACCCCGGAAGAUAUGGAUUUGUUACAGCGAAGAUAGCAUGUUGUGGGCAAGGACCAUACAAUGGAAUCGGACUUUGCACACCAUUAUCAAAUUUGUGUCCCAAUAGGGAAAUAUAUGCAUUUUGGGAUCCUUUCCACCCAUCAGAGAAAGCGAAUAGACUCAUCGUACAAAACAUUCUGGUGGGCACUACCGAUUACAUAUCACCCAUGAACCUCAGCACCAUCAUGACUUUGGACGCUUCAGAAAAGGUGUAACGACACCGCCGAUUUUUAAAUGAAUUCAAACUCUUGUACCAAGAAUCUAUUUCAUUUGUUAUGUUAUUUAUGCAAG